GUUAAAUGAUGUCCCAUGACGCGUGCCUUUGCUGAGCCCUGAGCCCGAGAACAAGUCUAGUUGUAAUUGCUCAAAACGAUGAAAAGCAAUCAGAAGUCGGUCCUACUUGAAGGCGAGGCGGCAAUAUAGCACGACGAUCUAGUAUGGAGCUUAAAAUAUCAUAAAGGUUAAGGUCGUGAAUUUGUCGCACGUCGAUAGCUUGUUAUGUAGAUAGAAACAGCACUAAAAAAUCCGCUUACUUUUCCUUCCCGACAGCGCAGUUCUACUCCCAAGAAGCCUUCAUAUCGUUCCCGCACAAGAAUAAAAACUUGAUUUGAAAAACCACGCAUUGCUGGCGACACCCUUGCUCGCUUGUGCGCCUAGUAGCCCCCAGCAUCUACUUCAUCAUCGUCCCCAGUGGAGCAACAUCAUUUAUUUUGCGUUCUUUGCUCCUUGUGUCCUUUGUUUCGUUAACCACGCCACAUCAAAAAUGAAGGAGGACCGCGGACUGCAGGUCGACACGACCGGGGAGCAGCCCCUUUUCGUGCGCGACUUCCACACCCCCGCGAACGCCCGGCCGGGGAUGUUAUCCCCAUUAAACGCCCGCGGGCCGUAUUCCCCGGUGCCCACGCACCUGCGGAAGCAGUACGUGGAGAAGAUGUACGAGAUUUUUCAACUGGCGGACGAAACCCACAGCGGCGUGGCGGAGCUGAAAAAGUGCCUCCACAUCGCGGAGCACCAGUUUGCCAAGGAGGUGGUCACGCUGAACCACGAGCACUACGCGUUCAGCUACGAGAAGCUGUUGACCUUCGACGAGUUCAUGAUCAUCGCGGACGAGGUCAUCCCCAUGCGGGAGCUGUACUUUUUCGUCAUUUCCGGCGACCUGUUUGACGACCGCGACGAAAAGGUGGAGGAAAUCACCUCGGGCCUCGCCCACGUGCCGGAGAAGGAGCACGCGGAGCUCGUGAAAAACGCGGCGCCGCUCACGAAAAGCGGCAAGGAGAAGCUCGUGAAAGUAAGCAUCGAGGACCUGUCCGCCCUGCCCUUGCACUACGGCGUGGAGAGGUACGACUGCGCAAAGUGUGGAAUCACCGCCGAAAACAUGAUGGCGAACUGUAUAUUUUUCUUGUGUUUUCCCUUUUCCUUUUCUUUUCUUGACAGUAUCAUGACGUAUCGACUCGCAGCGAUGCCGAAGCCGAUGCUCUGCACAGUCACUUGUUUUUGUCAGUGAAGUGCUUGCUCGCGUGACCAAGGUGGCACGACAUAAUUGUUUCCCCAACAUGUACAAGAUUCAAUUUCUUUGAUCUAGCGCCCUUCGGCAUCAGAGUCAGCCGAGACAAAGAUAUCAUUAUCAAAGAAGAAAACUACCUGUAUCUCGAUCAACAUAAUUUUCAAAGCAAGGACUACUUCAUCUAUGUCUAUCCGAAACAAUAAAUCUACUACUUUUCAGAUUGCUAUGUGGGCAUGCAGUCUGGGGAGGUGUUGUGCUCUAUUUGCGGUAGCGUGGACCAAGGGAACCGCCUAAACCACAGUAUGGCCGUGAAGCAAACGGAGCGUCGGUCCCGACCGGUGAAGCCCACCUUUAUGCCGCCCUACUUGGUUGGCUACCUGACGCCGGCCGAGGUGAAGGCCGAGAAGCGAAAGGGGAGGAACAAACCCGCAAUGAUCUUCACGGCGCAGUCGUGAGCAGGAGUAGCUGCUACUAGUGUCCCACCUCUAUCUAAUAUGCUGUGACUAACUACACUUGCACUUGCACUAGCACCACCACCACGUACAGCAUGAUAAUACAAAUUUAACUACGGCUGUGAACAGGAUAUCCUCCUGGUCGUGUACUAGUGUGAACUUUUCAAUGAACUGGUGCUGCAGGUCGACGUUCUUUUGUACAAGUAUCUAACCUGUGUGGCAUAGAAAUUUAUCGUACCUCAAGCUGAACAAGUACCUAGUAGAGUGUCAUCUUCAAUAAAAAUGUUUUUGAUUCUGCAAACUUCUCCCCCCGUUCCGUUCCGAUCCUGAGAUGUUGGUACCCCCAGCGUCAUCCGAUACAGUCGCAAGUUCAAAAAAGUUGACCUGAAAAAGAUCCUCAGCAGUGCAGCAUGAUGAACGCACAUCAUCAUAGUACAUCAAACAAACAUAGCAUUAUGACGAAACCUCGCAGAGAAUGAGAAACGAGGCACUCAAGAAAUAAACUGUCAGCAUGUUUGGCAGGUGGCACUGUCCAGAAUAAAUACCAGAAAGGUCAGUGUGAACUGAUUACUUCGAAGCGAA